UCCUGCGGCCUCCAGUCCUAUCACGUCUUAGCCAUUCGUGGCUGGCUGUCCCCUGCGCCUGUGGCUCUUGGGGAUGCGCAUAUCCACCUCCGCCAUGCCGCCGCAUCUUCUUCGCCUGUAACUCUCCUAACAACCAAAAACACACGACUCUCGUCUUCGCAUCUUGCUCGCGCCGCCGUCUAUUCUGUCGCCGUCGCCGUCGCCCCAUUUCCACCCUCGCUUACCGCCCGUCCGAGCCGUCCAUGUUCGCGCGAUAGCACGCUGCUUGAGCUGACGAGUUGCGGCCAAAUGUACGCUUGAGCGCCGCGCACCAUCAUCGUGGGACAUCACAGUGGCAUGCAAUGUCCUACCCCGACCCCAAUCACCGCCAAAGCCACACCCAUCAGUCAAUACCGUUGCAAGACCUCAAUCGCCCGCCGGACGACUACAACCAAGAUGCGCCAGAUUCGCACCUGCACCGGCGAACCCUCAGUGACCGCGGCCGAAACCUGCUGCGACAAACCGGGGCAAUCGCCACAGGAGGGCAUUUCAGAGAUUCGCAGUACUCUCCCAUUGCCGAGGUGUCGCCCAGUCCUACACGACGUGCGCCGCGUCUCAACACCAAUGCUGCGCCUGCGCAGAGCGGCAUCCGAAGAGUAGACGACGAUGAGCUGGGCUCGCCCAUAGACGCGGGCGCAUUUCAGGCCGCUAUUGGAUUCGGUAUGGGCAUGGAGUUCCAGGGCGAGACAUCGCCGCCAAUAACUACACCCGCUUCCUCUGAGCUGUCUUACCAUCCAUACGACCGCGAUCCCUAUGCGGACAGGUCGACGUCAGAGGACCAUGGCUACUUCCCCCCCACCUACGACGAUACCGCGCGGUUGACCGAUGCGCGCCAUUUGCAGCCCAUAAGCGGGGCCGCAGCCUCCUCUUCUCCAUACGAGCAGGACCGCUCGAGCUUCCAGAGCGUGCGCUUUCUGAGUCCGGGGGAUGCUUCGCCCAUAGCGCGGCAUGGCGAGCAUCUUGGGCAAGUAGAGGCUGCCGCAGGCGACCCCAGAAAUUCAAGAGGAAGGAAGCGGUCACUGUCACCGGGCCAGCAGUUGGAGUCACCUUUGCAUCGGGCGGGGACCAUAAUGCGGAACAUAUCACAGCGUGUCGUCAACGUCAGCAACGACUCUGAAAUCGCCGAACGCACCAUUCGUAGGAAGUCUACGCUGCGUCAUGCACGCCUCGCAGAACCGCCCUCCUUGCCAGCAUUACCCGGCUAUGCCACUGAUGGUCCUUCCUCGCCCUCACCAUCCACGCCUGUCGAAAAACCACCAUCACCUGUCAUCCGUCAACGCAGGCCAAGCGUGCAAUGGCAACCUCCUCCCAAUCCCCUACGCGGCAAGAGUCUGGGCAUCUUCCCUGCCGACAGCAGAUUAAGGAUCAAACUAUGCGACCUCCUCGUUCACCCCGCCACCGAGCCACUGCUCCUGGUUCUGAUUGUUGUUCAAACUGUCCUGCUAGCCGUGGAUGCCCGCAGCAAGGCCACUUAUGAUCCUGGACAGCAGAAAUCCUUCUCCAAAUUCAACGGCAUCGACUACGCUCUCCUGGGCCUUUUCAUUGUGUAUACAGUGGAAGUCAUCAUCCGUAUCAUCGUCUCAGGUUUCGUCAUCAACCCCGUUCAGUACAGUACCAUCAACAGACAAGUAGGCUUACGAGAAGCCGUCAUGAUCAAAUUCAAUCAGCUCUUUGGGGGGCCUCAGAGACAGCCAUCUCAGAGACGCAGUGGUGGUGCCAACGGCGACCCGACUCAGGCCCCCCAACAGCCUUCUGUGCUUCGCACCUUCACCACUGCCCAGAUGCACUCGGACAUUGGCCCUGGCGACUCGAGAGAGCGGCAGCGUGUCCGUUUGGCACACCGAGCCUAUCUCCGGCACUCGUUCAAUCGAACCGACUUUCUCGCCGUCAAUUCAUUUUGGAUUGCUUUCAUAUUGAAUCUCUUCAAUCUCAACAACAACCGCGUCAUUCUUGUCUUUGAGAUGCUGAGUUGCUUGCGCAUAAUCCGUCUGUUGAAUCUCACCAGCGGUACAUCGGUCAUUCUUCGAAGUCUGAAAAAAGCAGCCCCUUUGCUAGUCAACGUGGCAUUUUUGAUUGGCUUCUUCUGGCUUCUGUUCUCGAUUGUUGGCGUGCAAAGCUUCAAGUCGAGUCUUCGGAGAAACUGCGUCUGGCAAGAUCCAGACAACAUCGCGAACUACACGAAUUCGGACCAAUUCUGCGGCGGGCACCUAGUAAAUGUCGCCGAACAUAUCUCACAAGGAUACAUACCUGCUCCUGGUAGGCCACCGGGCCCUGCCAAUGGCAAGGGUUUUCUAUGCCCAAAAGGCUCUUUGUGCAUUGAAGAUGGUAACCCGUUCAACGACACAAAAAGCUUCGAUAACAUUCUUCAGUCCCUCGAGCUGGUCUUCGUUGUCAUGUCCUCUAACACCUGGUCGGAUUUGCUCUAUACCGUGGCGGAUACCGAUUAUUUGAUCAGCUCUCUUUUCUUCAUUGUUGGAAUUCUCAUUCUAAGUUUGUGGCUCAUAUCCUUGUUAAUCGCCGUCAUCACUUCCUCUUUUCAAAUUAUCCGCGAGGAAAGUAAGACGAGCGCCUUCACCGGAGAAGAGAUCAAGGAAGAAGACACAGAGAAAGAGCAGGAGAAGCAACGUGUCAGUAGUCUAAAAAAGCUCUACGAUAAAACCUCCUGGAUAUGGGUGAUCGUGAUAGCCUACGGACUGGUCAGCCAAAUGAUGAGGAGCGCUGGCAUGAGCAACUUUCGGCGAACCUUCAUCGACACAUCGGAAACCAUCGUAACACUCAUUCUACUUAUGGAGAUACUAAUACGGUUUGCUGUCGAUUGGCGACAUUUCUUCAGCGGCAAGCUAAACAUCACGGAUCUCAUGAUCGCCUUGAUUACGACGAUUAUCCAGAUACCAGCUAUCAAGCAUGCCUAUGGUGGCAAAGCCUAUGCUUGGUUGACAAUCUUUCAAAUCAUUCGUGUGUAUCGUGUGGUUUUGUACGUUCCAAUGACACGAGACCUUAUUAUGAUCGUUUUCGGCAAUGUCAGCGGUCUACUCAAUCUGAUUCUCUUUGUGUUUCUUUUGACCUUCUUGGCUUCCAUCUUCGCUUCUCAGCUCUUUCGCGGCGAGAUACCAGAAGAAGCAGACGGCGAGACCAUCCGGGUGCCCUUCUUCGACAUCUACAAUUCUUUUCUAGGAAUGUAUCAGAUCUUCUCUAGCGAGAAUUGGACCACCAUCUUGUACAACGUUACAGGCUUUCAGAAAGAGUUUGGCAUAGCCUGGAUAGGAGCUGCAUUCUGCAUUCUGUGGUUCAUCUUUGCCAACCUCAUUGUCAUGAAUAUGUUUAUUGCUGUUAUCCAGGAGAAUUUUGAUGUCUCGGAAGAUGAGAAACGUCUACAACAAGUCAAAGCGUUCCUUCAGCAGAAAGAACAAGGACUCAGUUCGUCCUAUGGCAAUUUGUCGCUGUCAUCGAUCUUCAAGCUAGGGCAUGCAGGCCGCAGAGAUCCACUCGACUACGGUUCCGCUGCUACCGAGAUGCUGCUCAAGGAUGCUGUUGUUCGGGACUUUCUUGACGAGCGCGAUGGCAACAACAGUCUGAAUGAGGAGGACGCCCCUGCACCUGGUAUACGUCCUGCUAAGACUAUCGUCGGCUCGGGCGCUAUGUCUACUAUGUGGCAACGAUUCUUACGCCGAGUCAUUCAUCGAGAGCCGAAUCCGUUUUACGCCCCUCUGGAUUUCGGUCGCGCAUACGAAGAUUUGGAUCCCAGAAGAAUGGCGAAAGAAGUGGUCACGGCAACAGAGAAGCGCAAGCAGGCGCAGCGUGAGUUCUUGCGAAAUCAUCCGAAAUACAACGUCUCUUUGUUUAUCUUCGGACCUCACAACCCGAUCCGCAAGAUUUGCCAGCGCAUUGUCGGUCCUGGCCGUGGUGGUGAUCGCAUCGAAGGAGUAGCACCCUCUGUCCCAGUCUGGUACGCCUUUUCGGCCUUCAUAUACGCCGCCAUCAUUGCCAUGGUGCUUUUGGCGUGUGUCACUACGCCACUAUACCAGCGCGAAUACUUUAAUACCCAUAAUUUCAGUGUCAAGAACUGGUUCGUGUGGGUAGACAUGGGCUUCGCCUUACUGUUCACGAUAGAGGCGCUGAUCAAGGUUAUUGCCGAUGGAUUCUUCUGGACACCCAACGCUUACUUCAGAGGCUCAUGGGGUUUUAUUGACGGCGUCGUGCUACUCACGCUUUGGGUAAAUGUCGCCACUUCGCUCUGGAAUGAGGGCCAGAUCACUCGGACCGUAGGCGCCUUCAAAGCUUUGAGGGCCCUUCGACUGCUCAACGUCAGCGAUAGUGCCCGAGACCAUUUUCACUCAUUGAUAGUUCGGGGUUGGUGGAAGCUCUUCUCUGCUGCCUUUGUGUCCCUUAGCUUGUUAAUCCCGUUUGCCAUUUACGGGUUAAACCUCUUCGUUGGCCAGCUACAGAAAUGCAACGACGAUAAGUCCAACAUCACGAACCUCCAGGAUUGUGUAGGCGAGUAUGCAAGCUCACCAUUCAAUUGGGAUGUCUUAGCGCCACGUCAGGCCGCGAAUGACUACUACGACUUUGAUAAUUUUGGGAACUCCCUCUUCAUACUAUUCCAGAUUGUAUCACAAGAAGGUUGGACCGACGUUAUGUGGUCUGCAAUGAGUAUCACUGGAGUUUACACACAGCCUGCCCCGUAUGCAGCACAGGGGAACGCCGUCUACUUCAUCAUCUUCAACUUGCUUGGAGCUGUCUUCGUGUUGACACUCUUUGUGUCUGUGUUCAUGCGCAAUUACACGGAACAGACUGGAGUCGCCUUCCUGACAACAGACCAGCGUUCUUGGCUGGAACUUCGUAAGCUACUUCGGCAAAUAUCUCCGUCGAAACGACCAUCUUCCACCAAGCAACGAGAGUCAUGGGAAGAGUGGUGUUACCGCCGAGCUGUUCGCAAGACCGGGCGAUGGCAGAGAUUCAUCACUGGGCUUUUGAUACUACACCUAGUACUACUUUGCUUAGAGUGGUACCCAGGUUAUGGUGCAUGGGAUACAGCUAGAGACUACAUAUUCCUUGCGCUAACCAUAGUAUUCAUUGCCAAUGUAGUCAUCCGCAUCAUCGGUCUCUCAUGGCAUCGCUUCCGGAAGAGCUCCUGGGACGUCUUCUCCAUCUUCGCUGUGACAGGAACAUUCAUCACCUCGAUUCUAGUAUUGGUAAAAGACUUCUCUAGGGUCUUUGUCCCACUUCAUAAGCUCUGCCUCGUCUCCAUUGCUCUUCUUCUUAUUCCCCGGAACAAUCAACUCGACCAGCUGUUCAAGACAGCAGCAGCGAGUCUGACCGCGAUCGCAAACCUACUCGCAACAUGGUUCGUGCUUUUCCUCGUGUACGCCAUCGCACUUACACAAACCUUUGGUCUUACUCGAUUUGGCGAAAAUGAAACUGGAAAUAUCAACUUUCGGACUGUCCCGAAAGCACUGAUCUUUCUGUACACGAUGAGUAUGGGCGAAGGCUGGAACCAACUUAUGGAAGACUUUGCCAAUGUCGACAAACCCUUUUGCACAGUAGGAGAGCGGUACUUCCAAAGCGACUGUGGCAGCCCUGAGUGGGCGCGAGCUCUCUUCAUUACCUGGAACAUUCUAAGCAUGUACAUCUUUGUCAAUCUGUUUGUCUCGUUGAUCUACGAGAGUUUCAGUUACGUGUAUCAACGAAGUAGUGGCUUGUCCGUCAUCAGUCGAGAGGAGAUCCGUCGGUUCAAGCAAGCCUGGGCAGAGUUUGACCCUAAUGGGACAGGCUACAUUUCGAGGGAGGUGUUUCCACGACUCCUUGGUGAACUUUCGGGUAUAUUUGAAAUGCGCAUCUACGAUGGUGACUUUACGGUGGGUCGGCUGAUCGAAGAGUGCGGCGUAGCAUCUCGCCGUGAAUCAAACCUACCUGUGCCAGGGCGUGAACCAACCCAAGAGAUCGAUAUUGAAAAGCUCAAUCGGCGUCUAGCUGAGCUGCCGAUUGCUGAGAUACGACGCCGACGACGACGCAUGAACACUUUCUUCGAGGAGGUACUCGUGUCAAGCGACCCCGAUCGAGGCAUUGAGUUUACCUCGUUGCUGAUGAUCUUAGCUCACCACAAGGUCAUCAACGACAACAAGAGCUUGAGGUUAGAGGAGUUCUUGCGACGGCGAGCUCGCCUACAACGCGUCGAAGAAGCUGUUCGCCGAAACGUCGUAGUCGGCUUCUUCGAUACACUCUACUGGGCCCGUCGCUUCCGCCGCGCUAUGGACCAGAAGAAGCAAGGCCGUAUGGCCACAAUCCCGCAGUUCACAGUCCCAGAGAUCUUUAUUGACGACGAAGAUAUCACCGACGCGCAGCGUGGCGAAUCGUCUCGAGCGGGCAGCCCCCUUUUCUCGCCCCAAGACCUCUACGUCCCUGACAGGCGUGGUCCAGAACCAACACAUCUCGACACAUCACUCGCCAACGCUAGUGCUAGAGGAAGAGCGAACUCGAUACAACAAACACCCCAGGGUUCGCCAACACGAAGCAGCCCGCAUAUGUCCCCCUUCUCUCCACCUGCUUCUGAAGGCGAUUGGCAGUUUGCAUCCGCUCUUAGCAGACCGCCUAGCCCGCUGGAAGCGGAUCUUAACCCGAAUGAUGCACGCAGUAGGGCGAAUAGUGCGGUUAGCGCGGCGGAUGUGCUCGAGGUGCUUGAUAAUUCUGCUUGGGGUGAGAGUAUUAGGAGAAGUUUUACGACACGGAGAAGGAGCUGAGACAUUCUAUUCUCGAAGACCUAUUUUGGUAACCAGGAGUGUGGGGAAGGUAGGAAGAAGAUGGUGUGGUGCCUGGGAAUGGUAUGCAAGACGAUGUGAAGGGUGACGAAAGGGGCGUAGUGUGGACAUAUGAAGGAUUUGGCAGUAUGAUGCAGCAAGUCUGCGCAUAGGACCGUCCAGGUACAGGUACAGGGGCUUGCUUACGAUACGGUGGUGGUUGCAUGAAUGUCUGAAAUGACCGAGCGGGGUGUUGGACUGGCAUCAACCCAACACGAACGGGAGACAUUGACGUCUGUCGGAAGACAGGCUAUAGCCAGUAUGCUAUGCAGGUUAGACGGAGGCCGGACUUGUUGCACAGGAGUAUGGGGAUGUAAUUAUGGUGAUGGCGGCGGGGGAUUGUGAACAUUAGACAUUGCAUAGCGACGGCGUUGAGCGAAUAAUGAUAGACUUGUUGGAUCCG